UUGAAAUGUUAUUGUUUUCCUACUUUGACAUUUUAAUGAUUAUCCAAAUGUGUUAAUUUUAAUAAACUAAAAGUAUGUGCUAUUUAGGAACUUCAUAUCCUACCAUUAUUCUGUUGGUACAUAAAUGUUGCUGGUGGUGAUGGCCUCAGCUGCUGUGGUGUAGGCUGUGGGACUUAAGGUGGGGGAAAUUCUCCUUGAUUUGAGGAAUGCAUCAGUCAGGGUCUGUGGAUACAUAGGAGAGAAUGAUAGUAUGAACUGUGGUACUUGCAUCAAAGUGGUAUGGACACAUGACAUUGUCUGCGGCACAAUGUGAAUUUUACGAAUCCCAUUGUCUUUCACCACCUGAGACAUAUAACCAGAAGGAAGGUAUAUAGGUGGCAGAGUACCACUUGGUGACAUCAGAGGUACAUAGGCAGCCUGUUAAAUAUUCUGAAUGUUCCCAUCUUUAGGGUUGAUAGCAAGAGUCUCCCCAGGAAUAACUUGUACCAAUAUAAUAUGUUGUAUCCAGUAUUGAGGAAAGGAAGGCCAUCUGGCAUCUUUCUUGGGAUGUCAUCAUUUGUGAAUAAUUAGUAGUCUGCUGGGUUGCAAUGGUGGUGUUCACACGAUAGCUCUCCAUGUCCUCAAAUGAGCCCCAGCAGCCUUAUAACCUCCAUUCACUUGUUCAUAAAAUCAUUCUCCACAUGACAGAGCUGAACAGCAACCAAUGGCCAAGCCCUGCAGGAAUAUAAACAAAUAACAUGUAGUCAUAUGUAUUUUGUGUGUGAGAUAAGCAGAGGGUUUAUCUUCUGGGCAUCUGUUUCAAAGUGUGAGAUGUUUGACUUCCUCCAAAAUCUUUUUCAGCAGACUGGCUUACAUGAGGCCCAGUCAGCAGGUGACUGCUUCCUGCUUCUGCCACACAACCCAAGCCCUGUUCUGGUGGUAUCCUGAAGUGGCCCAAUGGCAGAGUCAAAUCUGAGGCACUGGGCCAGCAAAUGAAUGAUGAAGGUGAAUGCUACCAAUGAAGCACCUAUCAACCUGUAUGGUAUGAAGGAAAAGCAUUCUGAGGUGAUAAAAAGGUGUUACAUUGUGCGACACAGAGAUUGGAAAGCUGCAGUACAUACAUAAGAUGAAGCAUUCAAACAGAACUGAGAAGUAAGAUAUUGGUGGUCAAGAUUGUAUAAAGGAAAGUGUGAGUGGUGGCGUAGGGUUCCAGUGAAUUUUGGAAAUUUCAUGUGAGCUCAUGUAAGCAGACACUGGGAAGACAUUCUCUGAAACAGACUCUGAAUUUGAGGACAUCAGCUGGAGCCCCUCACUUUUGCCCAGUGUGGCUCUGGGAUUUGACCUCUGUCGUGUCGUGCACAGUGAGAUAAGGACAGGAAGAGUCCCCUCAUCUGGCUUUCAGGACUGGACAGACAUCCCACAUUACAGCUGAAGGAGAGUGAUACCUCUACUGUAGGAGUACUCUCAAGAACAAGAAUUUCUGCUCAUAUUGGGACACUCCUGUAUUCUAAAAAUUACCACAGAUGAAAUUAGAUGGAACGGAGUUAUUACAAGGAUGGAGAUAUUGAGAUCGCUGCUUUUUUCCCCAUUUACAUAUACCUUGUGGACAGAAUGAUUAAUAUUUUCAAAAACCAUGUCACAUUCAAAGGGUUUCAGUCCAAAAACUACCAGUAUGUUCUGGCCUUGGUUUUUGCUAUUGAGGAGAUCAACAAGAACCCCCAGCUUUUACCCAAUGUGACCUUGGGAUUUGAUCUCUAUAAUGUCAUGCACAGUGACAUGAUGGUGAUGCAGAAUCCCUUCAUCUGGCUUGCAGGACUAGAAGAGGAUGUUCCUAAUUACAUGUGUAGGAAAUGGAGCAAGUCUGUAGCUGUAAUAUCAGGAACAAGCAUUGCUGUCCAAGUAGGGACACUGCUGGAACUCUACAAAAUUCCACAGCUGACUCUUGGGUCUUUUGAACCACUUCUGAGUGACAGUGGUCAGUUUCCUUCCCUCUAUCUGAUGGCCCCCAAAGACACUUCUCUGGCCCUUGGCAUAGUCUCCUUGAUGCUUCAUUUCAGCUGGACGUGGGUGGGUUUGGCCAUCUCAGACCUCCCAAAAGGUAUUCAGUUUAUGUCCAAUUUGAAAGUAGAGCUGCAGAAGAAUGGCAUCUGUGUGGACUUUGUGGAACUGAUCCCAGUCACUGAGGAGUCUUAUUUUUCACUCCAGAAUAGGUUUCAUAUCCAGAUCCUAAAAUCAUCAGCAAAUGUGGUGAUUCUUUUCUGUGACACUGAUUCACUCAUAGGCAUCAGCUUUUCAACAUGGGAACAUGUAAUGACAUGGAAAGUCUGGGUCACCACCUCACAAUGGGAUUUUGCCAGCGAUGAGCAUCAUAUCCUGCUCCACUCAUUCCAUGGGACUCUCAUUUUUUCACACCACCAUGGUGAGAUCUCUGGUUUCAAAAACUUUCUUCAGACAGCUAAUCCUUCCAAAUACCCAGAAGACAUUUACCUCUUAAGAUUCUGGUUAUUGGUAUUUGAUUGCUCAGUUACUGGGGCAUCCUGUAAAACUUUGCAGAACUGUCCACUGAAUGCCUCCUUGGAAUCCUUGCCUCCACAUUGUUUUGAUAUGAGCAUGAGUGAUGGGAGUUACAACAUAUAUAAUGCUGUGUAUGCUGUGGCCCACAGCAUACAUGAGAUGCUUCUACAAUUGUUAGAAAUGCAGCCAGUGAACAAUGGGGCAAAGGUGGCAUUUUCUCCCUGGCAGUUGCACCCAUUUCUCAAGAACCUCCAAUUUACCAAUCCUGUGGGUGACCUAGUGAAUUUGAAUCACAUGACGAAUUUGGAAGCUGAAUAUGACAUUCUCAACUUUUGGAAUUUUCCAUAUGGUGUUGGACGUAAGGUUAAAGUAGGACAGUUUUCCCCUUAUGCCUCACAGAGCCAGAAGUUGUCUCUCUCUGAGAAUUUGAUAGAAUGGGCCACAGGAAUUACAGAGACUUCACACUCAGUAUGCAGUGAGAGUUGUAGCCCUGGAUUCAGGAAAACCCCUCUGGAGGGAAAGCCUACCUGUUGUUUUGAUUGCACACCUUGUUCUGAGAAUGAGAUUUCCAAUCAGACUGAUACGGACCAGUGUAUGAAGUGUCUGGAUCAUCAGUAUGCCAACACAGAGCGAAACCAGUGCUUCCACAAAAAAGUGACCUUUCUGUCUUUUGAAGAUCCCCUGGGGAUGACCUUGGUCUGCACAGCUCUGUGCUUCUCUGUCCUCACUGCUGUGGUUCUUGGGGUCUUUGUGAAGCACCGAGACACUCCCCUAUUCAAGGCCAACAAUCGUUGUCUCAGCUACAUGCUGCUCAUCGCCCUCAUCUUCUGCUUCCUCUGCUCCUUAUUGUUUAUUGGUCGUCCCAACACAACCACCUGUGUCCUCCAGCAGACCAUGUUUGGAGUAGUGUUCACCGUGGCUGUUUCCAAUGUCCUGGCCAAAACUAUCACUGUGGUUCUGGCCUUCAAGGUCACUGCCCCAGGGAGAAGGAUGAGACAGUGGCUGAUAUCAGGGGUACCUAACUCCAUUAUUCCCAUCUGCUCCCUGAUCCAACUGGCUCUCUGCGGCAUCUGGCUUGGGACUUCUCCUCCCUUUAUUGACACAGAUGCACACUCAGAGCAUGGCCACAUCAUCCUGGUGUGUAACAAGGGCUCAGUCAUUGCCUUCUACUGUGUCCUGGGCUACCUGGGCUCCUUGGCCAUGGCCAGCUUCACUGUGGCUUUCCUAGCCAGGAAUCUGCCUGACAAGUUCAAUGAAGCCAAGUUCCUGACAUUCAGCAUGCUGGUGUUCUGCAGUGUCUGGGUGACCUUCCUGCCUGUCUACCACAGCACCAAGGGGAAGGUCAUGGUGGCUGUGGAGGUCUUCUCCAUCUUGUGCUCCAGUGCGGGGCUCCUGGGCUGCAUCUUUGUUCCCAAGUGCUACAUUAUUCUCCUAAGACCUGAGAAGAAUGCUUUGAAAGGAUUAAGGGAUAGAAGAAUUUCUAAGGAAACAUAUGUUCUCAGGUGUAGCUCUUAGGCUCUCUCAGUUUU